UUCUGACCCUGAGGACAAUUUCCACUUAAUAUUAACUCUGGUGCCCAACUACCUCAUCAACAGAGAGCGGGAGAGAGAGAGAGAGAGAGAGAGAGAGAGGGGGAACAGACUGGGAGAACACAUGUUUUCACUGAACACAUGCAGCAGUGAUGGUGAUGGGAUCAGUUCAGUGAGACGCUAGAAAACUUUGAGACGAUCCAAAAUUAAAAAUCUGUGCUGUAAAUCUGGCAAAUGGACAAGAGGAAGAAAGGAUCUCCUACAGAAUUAAGGCUGAUGGUGGUCGGUAGCAGUGGACACUCUCAGUUCCUACUGACCAACGCCAUACUAGGGAGGGAGGAGUUUCCUAAGGACAUCACCUGCAUUUCUGGCAGCAGGAAGAACACUGGAGAGCUGGCUGGAAGACGAGUGGCUGUGAUCAAUGGGCCAAACAUCUAUGACAAGGAUAUGUCUCCACCCAAGAGGAAGAUGGAGUUGAGGAGGUCUAAGUGCUUGUGUAUCCCUGGUCCCCACGCUUUCCUUGUUGCCUUUGACAUGGACAAAAUCUCCCCGAAUGACGUAAAAACCCAGAGACUGAUGAAGGAACGCUUUGGGAAUCACUGUCUGAGGCACUGCAUGGUCCUCCUGGCUUCUGAAAGAAAUCCAGACGCCCUCUUUGAGAAGUUGCAGAAGACUGACUGGCACCUGAGAGAACUCAUCGAGAAGUAUGGCGGACGCUUUCACGUUUACAGCAAGAACUGGCGAGACCGCAGCAGGGACAGAGAGCUGCUGCAGAAGAUAGAGAGGAUGGUGGCAUCCUUAGGGGGGAGCUACUUCUCCAGCAGAACUUUCCAGAAGGCGGAGGACUGCGUGAAGAAGGAGGAGAAGAAGCUCCGGAAGCAGAGGUCAGCAGAGAUAGAGAAGGCAUGGACCGAGAUGGAGAAGCAGUACAUAGCGGACGAGUUGUAUCACCAGAAGGACGCCUACACCGCCAGUGUUGGCGCUGAGAUCAGAGCCAAGGCAGAGAUGGACAACGGGUGGCUCAGGACAUCCCUGGUCAGAGGGCUGGGGACGGGUUUUGUUGUUGGGGCUGUUAUGGGAGCAUUGGUCGGGUCUAUAGAGGGCCCAGGAGGGAUGGUUCUGUAUGGGAUCAUAGGUGGUGCAGUUGGAGGAUCAGCAGGAGGAACAGCCCAGGUAGCUAUAAAGCAUAUGGAGGACAGAGUGUCUCCACCUGCCAGACUCAACUUUAACUCAAUCUUUAUCAAUCGCUUCUUCACCGCCGCUCGACCAUCUCUGCCCCCUUUCCUACACAACACCCACACAUACCUUAGUACACCUGUCAACCAUUGUAGUCUUGAAGUUACCUUGAAACUCAGAACAGAAGCAGAGCAGGUUGUCCGCAGCGAUCCAUUCGUAGAGAGAAUGGCCUCUACCAUCAGCCUCCUCUCUGAGAAGCACUUCUUGUGCUCCCUGUGCAGAGACAUCUUCACCAGCCCGGUGACCAUAGCGUGUGGACACAGCUUCUGCUUGUCCUGCCUGAGCCACUACUGGGCCCGACACCAGUCCAAAUAUUGCCCCCACUGUAAGAGAGUGUUCACUGACAGGCCCGACCUCAGCGUCAACCAUAUCCUAGCAGACAUCUCCGACAACUACAGGAAGAAUCGGCCACAGCAACCACCUGAUGAGGAAAUGGUUAUAGAUGUCGAGCAGAUGAUCCUGGAAAGGCUGCAGAAGAUAGAAAGGUUGAAAUAUUCUCUCGAGGUGCAAAAGGGCUCUUACCUGAGGGAGGUGCGAGAGAGUCAGAAGGUCUUCUCUGCCCUGGUGUACGCCAUGGAGAAGGGCCACAAAGCAGUUGUUGCUGCAAUCGAGGACAGACAGAGAGACGAGGAGAAGCGAGUGGAGACGCUGGUGGAGGAGCUGGAGCAGGAGAUCCAGGAGCUGAAGAAGGAGACCACCGAAUCUGACCACCAGAUUUCUGUGAGCGACGAUCAGAGUGACGACACAAAGCAAAUUAACUUGAAAACUAUUUCCCCCUUGGACAUGAAGGACUGGUCCAAGGUUACUUUAGAGACGGACCCUUGUUUCGGGGUUACCAGACGAGCACUGUCGGACAUUAUGGACAAGAUGAGAGCAGAAGUCAACAAGCUCUCCAAAUCUGAACUAAAAAGAACAGAGAAAUACACCGUGGAUGUCAAUCUGAGCGCCAAGACAGCCCACCCCUUCCUCUCGGUCUCAGACGACAGGAAACAGGUGAGGCACACGGACAAGCUCCAGGAGGUGCCAGAUCACCCCAAGCGCUUCGACCGUGUGGCAAACGUGCUGGCCAAGGAAAGCUUCGGCAGUGGGAGGUGCUACUGGGAGGUGGAGGUCGGGGAGAAGCUUGAGUGGAGCCUGGGCGUCGUUAAAAAGUCCAUAAACAGGAAGGGCAAGUUCACCGUCUGCCCUGCGAAUGGUUUCUGGACUUUAAGCCUCAGGGCUGGAGGCCAGUUUGUUGCCAACACCUCUCCCAUCACCCCAUUGGCUCUGGAGCCGAAGCCCAGGAAGGUGGGUGUGUUUGUGGACUACCCAGUGGGCCGCGUGUCCUUCUACUGCGCAGAAUCUGGGGUCCACAUCCACACCUUCACAGACACCUUCACUGACAGGCUUCAUCCCUUCUUCGGUCCAGGCCGCCUGCACGGUGGCAAAAAUGCUGCUCCUCUAAUCAUCGGUUCCAGUUUUUGUAGCAUCUGAGGAUCAAUCUCACAUAUAUCCACUUCCAAAUCAGCUGCUAUUCUUGUCAUGAUCUUUCCUGUGUGAUAAAUAUAUUUAAUAAUUUAUAUGAACAUCUACUGUGAACAUCAUUUUCCCUGUCAGAACAGUGAACAAGAGGUGGCAUAAGGACCGACUCCCUACACUUGAAAAACUUCAAUGAAACCCAUAAACAGAUUGAAAAGGACAGAGGAGGUUGGGAGAAAAGAGAAGGCUCUCAUAAACGAACAAGUGUGUCAAAAAAAGAGGAGAAAAUGGGCUGCUGAGUUGGAUGGAUGGAAGGGGGUGCAGGGCUGGGACAGAGGUUGACGAGGAGCAGGGGGAGGGAGGGCACGGCAAAACAGCAGGGCAUUGUGCUCGUACACCAGGCACUGGGAGACACACUCAAACACGUUCACACAUUCACACAAUAACACGGCCGUGCACACAAGCGCAUGCUUCUGCCCACUGCCACACAGACUUGCGCUGGCAUCUGGGAGGGCAGCCCCAUCUCCACUCCUGUCCUGGGUUGUCGGAGCUGUUCGAACCCCCUGUCACUGUAGUCCAGCUGACCCCUCGGACACAGCGGUCCCUGCUCCUCAGCCUUCCUGUGGACUAAAGUGAAUUCUCAGGGCCGUCAUUCACUACUCAGAGCGUCCACAGCUGAUCUACACAAGCCCGAGGACCAGUAACACCAGCCUGUGGACCAAGGGGAGAAGAGAGAACACCAUACUUCAUCUGAGGAUACCCGACCCAAAGUCUGAGGAUCCAGUGUCGGAGCACGACAUUUGCAGAACUGUAGACAGUCACAUUUCUAUUGUGGAACUAUAACUGGGCCCUCUGCAACAAACAGAGACUGA